GCGAGCAAUUUGCUUCCGUGAUCGUGCCUGCAGAUGGCUGGAGAUCUCACCCGGAGCGGGGUAUUGGGGUCCCGUUUCUCUCCACUCCAUCCCCGUGCAUGUAUCGAAGGCGCUGCAUAUAAUAACUGUUGUUUAUGCUUUCACACUCUAACAAGGGGCUCCGCCAAUCAUCAUGUCAACAAGUGUCCCGAACGUUGCUGUUUGUGGCAUCGACAGCAUCCAACCAGACGACCUCGAUUCUAUGUACUAUGGGUCAAAGACGUUGUCUCAGAUUGACACUACCCAAAAUGCGACUUUAAAUGUAACCUUCUCCGUUCCGACAUAUGCCAACCCUCCCUACAAUGUAUCACUAGUUUACCAGGAUGCCAGGGGCAAUAUAUACUGUAGUAACCCGAUUAACAGGACAGGAGUUUCUUCGGACGACAUUCACAUGAUUGCGCAUCCCUAUGUCAAUUUCACGGUAGCUCCUUUCAGCUACCCCUAUGCGGGCAUCAUGCUUGGUCAACCUGGACAAUCUUUCGUCUUAGAGCUAUCUGGGGAGGCAACGAUCGAUGGGAAUGGCAUGUUCUGGACGACAAGUGCAAACUACAGUAUUGUCAACGCAACCAGUACUGGUGCCACCGCUGGUAGACCGGCCCCUUCGCCCAAUCUACUUAUUUGGGCGGCAUUGUCGCUGCUUUUGGUGCAGAUGCUCGUCCUCAAAGGGCACUGAAGAAGGUGGAAGCCUACUUGAAUGAUUUAACUACACAAUCCCAAAACCAAAUGACUGGAGUGUGGUCGAAACCUCGUGCACUCCUAGCAUGCAUCAGGUGAAAGCUUGAC